UUCGUGCCACCCCCAUUCCUGUCCGAUUGCGGACCAUUUUCAAUUUACAGUUGAUUGUCGAAGGUAUCAGUGGGUUCUGUCCGCGUAUUAUUAUAUUUCGAGCAAAUUGUGUGGAUAUCUUUAAUUUCGUUCUCAGUGAAAAACAUUUUACACAAAAUGGCGAUGAAAAAUUUAGCGAAUUGUGCGAAGAUGUUGGAGCGCGCCCAGCAAACUCGCCAAUUUGGGGCGACUUCUGGAAAAACUCUUAAUGCUGGUGUCAAACUAUCCACUAACAAACUCCACAUCACUGCACAAAAAUCAUACCCAGUAGCGGCAGCCUUGCCGCUUCCAGCUAAUAUUGACCCUGCAGAGACAACUCGUUUUUCGCCACAAAGGAAUCGUGAUAUUUCCGCUCAUGCUAUCUUGACACAUCAGUCCCAUGCAACCAUUGAAAAACCACUAGAUAUCACCGUCGAUAAUUCACCAACAGUAACAGAUCCACAUGUUGAAUCGUAUGAUUGUCGUGGAGCGGUAAAUUUGAACUCAUCCAUGCAAAGCAAUGUACCAAGUCCAUUUGGUGGUAUGCACAAAUUCACACACUUAAAUAUGCCUGGUGGACAAUGGAGUCAGGACAGCAAAUUCAUGUCACACAAUUUACAAAGCUCACAUUAUACCAAUCUUCGACGUGAAGCCCGUGCUGGAUGGUCGGAUUAUGAUGAAAAUGCAACAUUCAUUAAACCAGGUAUGCAAGCUGUACAGAGUCUAGGAGUAUUGAUGCCUAAUUCAAUUAUUUUGAGUCGCAAUCAAUUUCAUCGUUUGCAUGAACUAACACGAAAGUUUUCUACUUCUGGAUUUGCUUGUAAGAAAAUUGAUAGCCAUGAAAGCAGUGCUAGUGGACAGAACAAGGUGUCCAGCGAUCCUGCUAAUCCUGGAACACAGCCAGGACAGGUAGAAUCUAAACAAGACACCAUCAAAAUGACGGGGAAGGAAAAGAUAAAACGAGCGAUUAAAGAGUACGGAGCAACUGUUAUUGUUUUUCACGUCGGCAUAUCGUUGCUAUCACUUGGAGCGUGUUAUGUUCUUGUUUCUAGAGGAGUAGAUGUUGCAUCGUUUUUAAAGACGAUACCAUGGUUGGGAGAAGGAUCAACAGUAAAUGUAGCUGAUGCUAGCACAUUCGUAGUCGCGUAUGCGAUCCAUAAAGUAUUCGCACCGGUUAGAAUAAGUGUUACAUUAGCAUCAGCACCACUAAUUGUUAGAUAUUUGAGAUCUAAAGGUAUAUUGAAAGUGAAAACAGUUUGAACGUUUAGAAUCACUUGUUGACAUGCAGGAAUAGGAUUUAGAUGUUAGGCUGUAUUUUUUGUUGGGUAUGUAUGUAUAUAUGUUUUAAAUUUUCAAUUGCUUUUAGUCACAUAUGAGAUGUAAACAGGUCAUUUAUCGAGUAAAUGUUUUUUUUAAUAA